AUGGAUUGCGACAUCUGCCAUCGCGGUCAUGACGCCCAAAAACUGCCGUUCCUCUGCGCGGUGGACGCCCGCAACAGCCUGUACGAAGGUCGCAUGAAGAUACUAUACGCUGUCCUUGAGAAUGAACAUCUUAGCAAGCAGGUGAAUGAUACAUCUGCCACCAACACGAAGAACUCCACCAACCUCAGCACAGUGGAGCUGUCAUUGGCGCAGCAGCGCAUGUCAGAAGACCGAACCGAUCAGAUCCUAGCUGCAGCCGAGAGGCUGAGAGAAGAGAUCAAGGCGGCUAGAGAGGAGAUUCGCGGUCGAAAGGCAGCUCUGGCCCGAAGGAAGGCCGACCUGGCCGCGGUCUCGGACGGCUUGGUUCAGCGCAGGUUCAAGCAGCAACAAGAACUGGAUAAGUCUGCUCAAGUGCUCAGGUUCCGAUGGGCCCAGGCGGCAGAGGCCACCGCCAACACCAGAGCUUUUCUCUGCACCGAGGCGAUACGGCUAUAUGGUCUCAGGCGGGCCAAGAAGACUAGUUCCGGUCGCUAUGAAUAUCAGCUUGGCAAGGCCCCCAUCAUCGAUCCGACCGCCAUGGAUUCUUCAACGCCAGAGGCCAUCUCGACGUCUCUCGCCCACGUAGCCCACAUUCUAAUUCUCAUCUGUCACUAUCUCUCCAUACGGCUACCGGCCGAAAUAACGCUUCCUCAUCGAGACUACCCCCGGCCAACUAUUUUCAAUCUCAACGGCUCAUACCAACACUCUCGCGCGUCCUUUCCUGGCUUUUCAGGCUCCUCGUCAUCUCCGUCGUAUCAACGGGAAACAGAGUCUCAGCGCAUCCCCCGACCUCGACCUCUGUUCGUCGACAAGCCUCUCAACCAGCUCGCAAAGGAGGACCCCUCGGCAUAUUCAUUCUUCCUCGAAGGCGUUACCCUUUUGGCAUACAAUAUCGCGUGGCUCUGCUGCAGUCAAGGUGUAUCCAUCGGAGACACUAGCAACUUUGAGGACAUUUGCAGCAUGGGCCGGAACCUCUACGCCUUCCUGUUGAGCGCCAGCGCCCGUGACUUUCGUACUGUAAAUACCAAUGCGACAGGCUGGGCUCCUAAUGGUGGGGAGGUGGCGGAAGAAGGUCGCGGAAACUGGCUCGGUCGUUAUACUCAUGGCGGCACGUUCUACUUCCUCGGUAGCGCCGAAGGCACAGAAUUGAUUCGAACGUUCAAGCUUCCGAGUCCGAUAAAAUCGGCAGACAAGCUAAAGAAGAAGCUGAUUGGCGAUGCGCCAACUCCGGACUGGGAGGUUCUGGAUGACGACGCCUGGAAAGUUGAGGACCUGCAUCCCACGAGCAAUGCAACCACCGUUGGUGCCCAAGGAGGUGCUGCCAAAGGCUCUACCACGAAGACGCCAUCUCGUAGCGGCUCAAAUGGUUGGACAAAGGUCAAGCAUAGAUGA